CUUUAUACUUAAGUAUUCAUGUACGUACUGCACCGAACAUGAACAUUAUUUUGAGUAAAAAUUCAAACACUGUACCAAUCAUAAUAAAUAUCAAAUAAUUUGACAACAACUUGAAAAUGAGGUUCACAUAAGCCCAGGCCCUACUUGCAUCUUCCAUAAGCCAACAUAUUAUAUAACCAUACUAGAAUCUCCUAACAAAUUGCAUACUUCCAUUUGAAUUCCAUCUCCAAACAAUCAAUCAUGAUGACCAUUCUUACUACACAAAUGCCACUUCUUUUGCUACUACUUUUAUCUUUAACCACAUUUCACAAAACCAGGUCUAGCAAUGAUCACAAACUGGUUCGAUGCAAUGAGAAAGAUCAAGAAACAUUGUUAAUCUUCAAAAAGGGAAUCAAUGAUAGUUAUGGUCAUAUAUCAACAUGGUCAACCGAAAAAGAUUGUUGUGCAUGGGAAGGAGUCCAUUGCGACAACAUUACUGGCAGAGUUACUGAACUUGAUCUUCGUGAACAAGAUUUGAAAGGUGAGAUCAACUUGUCUAUCCUAAAACUUGAGUUUCUGAGUUACUUAGAUUUGAGCUGGAAUGAUUUUGAUGUGAUAAAUAUUCCGGCCACUCAAAACAACAUCACACAUGCAUCUAACCUUUUCUACCUUGACUUAUCCAUCUACUUUGAUACUAGUACUCUUCACAUGGAUAAUCUUGAUUGGCUUUAUCCACUUUCUUCCUUGAAAUAUCUCAACCUUACUGGAAUUGAUCUUCAUAAGGAAACCAAUUGGUUUCGAGCAGUGAAUACACUUCCUUCACUAUUAGAGUUACAAUUGAGUCAUUGUAACCUAAACAAGUACUUCAAUAUCAACCCAUCAAUUGAGUACUUGAAUCUGUCUUCACUUGUAACUCUUGAUGUUAGUCACAACAACAUCACCUUUCAGUCACCAAAUUGGUUUUUUAAUCUCACCAAAGAUCUCACUUAUCUUGACCUUUCAAGGACCAACAUACAUGGUGAGAUACUUUCAAGCUUGCUAAAUCUUAAAAAAUUGAGAAUCCUUGAUCUCUCUUUGAACCAAUUACAAGGAUUUGUUCCGGAUGAAAUAAGCCAACUAGCAAAUAUUCACCACCUUGAUCUUUUCGGUAACCGGUUAAGUGGUUCUAAUAUUCCUUCAAUUGUAGCAAACCUCUCAUCCUUGGAACACUUAAAUAUUGGCUAUAAUAAUUUCUCUGGUAAAAUUUCAGAAAUUACUUUUUCUAAACUCUCUAAUUUAGAGUAUAUAGACUUGAGAAGUUCAAAUUUUGUAUUCCAAUUUGAUUUGAAUUGGGUUCCUCCUUUCCAACUCCAACACCUUUCAUUAAGCAAUACAAAUCAAGGUCCAAACUUUCCAUCUUGGAUAUAUACACAGAAGUCACUGCAAUAUCUCGACUUAUCGAGUUCGGGAAUUUCAUCGGUAGAUAGAAACAAUUUUUUGAGCCUAAUAGAAAGAAUCCCCUUUCUUUCUUUGUCGAACAAUUCGAUAACUGAAGACAUAUCAAACCUAACACUAAAGUGUGACUCUUUGUACUUGGAUCAAAAUAAUUUCAAGGGAGGACUCCCAAACAUAUCACCAAUGGCAUAUAUUGUUGAUUUGUCUGACAACGCCUUCUCAGGAUCAAUUCCACAUAGUUGGAAGAAAUUGAAAUAUUUAUAUUUCAUUGACUUGUGGAAUAAUAAACUAUCUGGUGAAGUUCUAGUACACCUCUGUGAUUGGACACGAUUGAGAUUCUUGAACUUGGGAGAGAAUGAAUUUUCCGGAACCAUACCGAUCAAGAUGUCACAAAAAUUAAAUUCUUUCAUAUUGAGAACUAAUCAAUUUGAAGGGACUAUUCCCCCACAACUAUUCAAUCUCCCUUAUUUGUUUCAUUUGGACAUUUCACAUAACAAAUUUUCAGGAUCAAUGCCAGAGUGUGCCUACAACUUGACUCUAAUGGUUACUCAACCUGUGCAUUCAGAUUCUUAUAAUGCUAGAUUUGUGUGGUUUACAAAAGCUCAAGACUAUUGUGUGCUUAAUUUUAACUCUAAUAGGCGGACUAUUGACCUUUCAAGUAACAACUUCUCCGGAGAAGUGCCAUCAGAAUUAUUUCUGCUUGUUCAAGUUCAAACGUUGAACUUAUCUCACAAUAAUUUCAUUGGAACAAUACCCAAAGUGAUUGGAGGCAUGAAAAAUAUGGAGUCUCUUGAUCUCUCUAAUAAUAAGUUUUGUGGUGAAAUUCCUCAAAGCAUGUCUCUCUUAAACUUUUUGGGUUAUUUGAAUUUAUCUUACAACAAUUUUGAGGGAAAAAUCCCAAUAGGAACUCAACUUCAAAGUUUUAAUGCAUCAAGCUACAUUGGCAAUCCUAAAUUAUGCGGAGCUCCUCUUACAAAUUGUACCACAAAAGAAGGAAAUCCCAAAACUACAACAACAUCUCCAGAGAAUGAAGAUGAUGACUCCAUAAGAGAAUCAUUGUUUCUUGGCAUGGGAGUUGGAUUUGCAGCAGGCUUCUGGGGGAUUUGUGGUUCUUUGUUUCUUAUUAGGAAAUGGAGGCACGCAUACUAUCGGUUUGUUGAUGGAGUGGGUGAUAAGCUCUAUGUAAUUUUUAUGGUAAAGUUAAAUAGCUUUCGCAGAAAUUGAGCUCCUGCUAGUUAAGGUGUUAUGCAUGUGGCAGAUCAUGAUGAGUUCUACGACAUGAGAAUGAGAUCAUAUGUAACUGUUGGCUGCAGAAUUGAUUUUUCACUUGGUUACUGUUAUAUUCAUAGACAUUGUGGUUCCAAUUGAUGUAUGUUACAAUGCAUUUUCUUAGAAGAGUGGUUUUGGAGUUCAUGUUAUUUCUCAUGUAAACAAAGUGAAAAAUUCUACAAUAAGAAUCACAAAUAAUUAAACAA